AGCAUGAUGCUAAUGCUAGCUCUAAUGCACCUGCAGAACAGGUCCAAUUCUUCUUCAUAAUGCAUUUUGUCAUAAUACUUCAUGUAAGGUCGCAAGAAAAUGUUUUGUUGUAUUUAUUUAGAAAUACUUUUGAUAAUAGUUGGGUAAAUGUAUACUGGGAUUGAAGCGAUGUGGCUUGUUAAACGUUUUAUUGCCAGUAUAAUGGCUGAAUAAAAACAAAAGAAUAAUGAUAAAAAAAUAAUAAGGAUUAUGUCUCAUACCUGGCGGAAGUGUGAAAGGUUUGGUUUCCUUAAACUAGUUUGUCAUGCAUCUUUAUAUCAACACGUUUACAGGUAAAACCUAGUAUUUUAAAUUUGUGAUUAAUCAUGAUUAAUCACAGUCCAUGACAGUCCAUUGACAGCACUAAUAUAUAUAUAUAAUAUAAUAUAUUAGUACUAUUAGUGCUGUCAAUCAAUAAAAAAAAUAACUAAUUAAUCACACAUUUUUUCUGAAAUUAAUCACGAUUAAUCCCAACACUAAAAAAAAAAAAAAAAAAUCAUUGCAAUAAUUUCACAUUCAAUCUUCAAAUUAAUGUAAUAUUGUAAUAUUUUUAAUGUUUGUAUAAUGACAUCUUUUUUAAGACUGAAAGCCAGUAUCACUGAUACUGAUAUCUCUAUGAAAUUGUUUUUUUCCCUGUAAUAAUUACCCAUUUUUUAGCCAUUCAACAUCAACAAUAUCAUUGAGAGCUAUCAAUUUUAACAUUUAUUAGACUACUUAAUAUAACCUCUAGUUUAAGGGAACUUAAAACAAUCUUCACAUAAACCCCUAUAAUAAAUGUUAUAUUUAGCUACCUGUGCCCUUCAGCAAGUAGGAAAUGUACAGAAGUUGAAUAAAGUCAUCAAACAAUAAAUUUUAAAUUAAAUAUAGAUGGAUCCUUAAAGCUAUACAAGUUAUUAAUUUUCUCUCUUUUAUUUAUUCAUUGUUCUUUGAUUAACAGACAUCACAACAGCUGAUUAUUAAAUUAUUUUGGCUGCUAUUACUUUAAGAGCUACCACUGCUGAACAUGAUAAAGAUUUGACACGCAUCUCCCUCUUCUGACCCACUUCAGGUCUUAAAGUCUCAAUGAUGAUGAGACUCAAUGAGCUGACGAGAUGAAUCGGGUGUUAGAUGAGGGAGACAGUGCUGGGUUGCUCCAUGACAGUUUGGAAAACCACUGCAGAGACAUGUUCUUAAAUGAGACUCAUAUAUAACAAACACAUACAUGCACAGUUUUAAGGCAGCUUUAAUUGCCUUUUUGGCAACUUCAUGACUUAACUACAACAUAACCACGACAUUGAAUGCUUGAAGUUUCUUUUGCACUUUGAUAUGAAAUGAUACAGGCUACAUCAUGCGCCAGCAUAUUUGUGCCUGCAAUUGAAGAGCACACGCUACGAGCAGUAUAACGGCUGAAAGGACAGGAAAAUUCAUUUUGACUGACAUAUGACCUGACAACAUCUUGUCUGACCGCAGUUCACUGUUGUUCUACUGAAGCUUCCUCGUCACCUGUAGCUUUUCUUCGCACAUUUGACUCGCGCCUGGUGUUGGGUUGAAGCUAGAGCGUCUGAAAGGUCUCCCAAUUUAUGUGGUUGUAAAGAUUUUCUGUGUCUCAAUAAACAUGUCUUCAGCACUUGUGAGUCAAACCUGUGUCAAUUACGUUAAAUAUUUUUAAUGUGUUAAACUGAAAAAAUAAAUUGCCUGCGUUAACGCGCUAAUUUCAACAACACUUGUAUGUAUUGUAUUUACAUACAUUGUAUAUGCAAUUAUUGUAUAUGCAAAGAAGUCAAUAUUGUUUUUUUCUCUUCAGUUCAUAGAGUCCAGGCCAGCAUGGAUGUAUGGACAGGAGUUUUUCUCUUCUGGUUUCACAUUAUUUGUGCAGGUGUGUUUGCUGAUGUUUGGAAGGUGCAUGUAGAGCCUGAAAUGGAGGCUCUGGUGUCGUCUUGUGUCGUGUUGCCCUGUUCAUUCAAAUACCCUGCUCAACAACAACCCUCUGAUCGUAUUAGAGCUAUGUGGCACAUGAAGGACAACUGGGAUGAUAUCAUUUUUCACAAAGACUCUACAAGGGUUAAAGACAGUUUCAAGGAUCGUACAAAACUGAUUGGUUCACUGGGUAAAUCCAACUGCUCCUUGGAGAUUGAUGAAGUCAAAAACCAUGACAACGGCCCGUAUUGUUUCAGGGUUGAAUUAGAGACAUCUCCCAAAGACAAGUACUCCUUUGUGGAUAACUGUGUGUCACUUAAAAUGAUCGAGCAAGCAUCAAAACCAGACCUGCAGGCCGAGCAGUCUGUGCCGGAGGGUCAACCUGCAAUCUUCAAAUGCUCUGUCCGGCACACCUGUCCAUCCCACCAGCCCACUCUCAGCUGGAGCCACACUGGAAAAAUCAUCAUCAGCUACAAGGACAUUGGUCAUGGAAACUGGGAAGCAGAGUCUAUCCUGACCUUCACCCCAACGAAAGAGGAUGAUCACUCCUCCAUCACAUGCACAGUCAAGCACCACGGGAAUGUCAAGGGAGAAAUAACAGCGACUCACCGUAUCUUUGUGAAAGAACAAGCAACUCUGAGCCACAUCCUUAUCCCAGCCAUCUCUGGUCUUGGAGCUGCUCUUUUGGUUGGAUUACUGUGUUUCUUCAUUGUCAAGAGAUACAAGAAGCGCAUUGCAGAUCUCCAAUCCAGAAAUGAAAAUGGCGUGUGGGGUCGACUUUCAAGACUAUCUCGCAGGUUUCGUUCAGGUGAUGGCAGCAGUGGUCCAGGUGGCAGAGAGCAGAGGAGGUCUAUUUGGAGUAGAUUUUCAAGGAGAGGCCAAGGGCAUCAAAUUGACAGUAAUUUUGACAGCAAGGCAAACAACGUAUGUACAGUGUCAGGAAACAAGCCUUUCUCCAAGGCUCGAGUGCCAUCACCAAAGAGUGAGGCCAAAUCCCAUUCUAGUCACAAUUAUGAUGAUGAUUACACCAACAUGGCGGACCUCAACUUAUAUGGAAAUAUCUGAUGAAAAUAGCACAUUUUAGAUGAAAACGGUAGACCUGACAUCAGGGGAGUCUUCAGGCAAACCCGUCACAUUGUAUUGCAUUUUAAGCCUGGCCUAUAAUGCCUACAUGCAUAUAGUACAGUAUUACUGUAUUUUACAUAUUUUGUUAUGAUGCUUACGUCACCAAGUUAUAAGAAAAUAAUGUACAUAAUAGUUAUAUAUAGUGCUAACAUACCUUUUUAAUUUGUGAGAAACAGUGAAACUUUUAGCUGAACUUAAGCUGAAAGUUACAGGGGUCAUGAACUGAGAAAUCAAAUUUCCCUUGAUCUUUUGACAUAUACCAUGUCAAUGUACUAUAAAAACAUCCUAUAGUUAGUUAAAAAUAUAUAUAUAUUUUAUUGAAACCAAGCUGCUAAAAUGCAGUCUUUUAAUUGCCUUAGUUGUGGUCUUUACAUCUACAUCGGACAAAUGACAAAAUGUCUAAAGACUUCCACAAAGAAUCAAUAACAACAGCAAAUUCCCUCUAUAGUAGAUUAUUUCUGAUAACAAGCAAAAUAUAUUUGCUGCCUGAAUCAGACAGACUUAUUGAAAUUGCAAAUUCAUUCUCUACCAGCAGAAGGUGCUUUUGGAGCGGCAGAAAUAGAGGUUUCCCCGGUAACGGCUGCACACAAAGCAUCGCUGGGCUCACAGUCGCUGCUUUAUCAGGCUUUACAGCAAGAUUAAAUGAAAAUGACAUCCAACAUUUUCUAAAGACAGUCGAUUUCCUUCAGAGAUACAGUGAUAUAAAAAUACUUGUGCCGCAUUUCAAUUUUGAAACGUGCAGUGCUUAUGUUUAUUAAAUUAUGGAAAAUCUAUUUGAGGCGGUCAGUUUUCAUAUUGUGGCAGUGUCACCACAAAUAAAUAAAUGUAUGCGAAACACAUCCCACAGCACAACAACCUGAGCCCAACUUCAGUCUACUCAUCACUUUAACUGCGCUUGUAGUCGGCGCCACUAGCCAGACCGAUAAACAAACACAGACUGGAAGUUAACUUCAUUGCGUGCGCCCAAUGAAACCGUCUGGAUCCAACAGUAAUGUGAAGUUGCAACACAAGUGUGAGUAAACUUGUUUUUACCACUAUUGCAUUGUCUGUUCCAGAUCAUUUGAUAUACUGAGUGUUACGUUUUUAAAACACAUGACCUGUGUUGUUUUCAGAGUAGGCCUAUAUCACAACAGCAUCCAUCUAUUAUUGUAAUAUGCGAAACUGUUAGCCAAUCAUAGCAGUGGGAGUCUUGAGCCUAUUAAAACAGACUGUUCUGCAGAGACAGUAAAAAACAAGAUAGAAAAUAGCCUAUUACUUCUUUAUUAUUUUUUAUAUAUAUUAGUGGUGGGCCGUUAUCGGCGUUAACGUGCUGCGUAUACCUUGUUCUUUAUACUGCGUAUACCUUGUAUACCUUAACAGGUGUAUACCUUGUUCUUUUAUUAAACAAACUAAAUAGCCUUAUGUUAUUUAUCUUAUUUACACGACGGCGUGUCAUUUAUGUCUCUACUUUACAUGGUCG